AGUGUUUUUUCAGCUUUAUAUUACAUUUAUUUUGUUAAUAUAAAUUUAAAUUUACCGCUCAGUAAAUCAAACAACCUACCAAUCACUUACAAGGUCGAUCAAUAACAAAUUUCAUUGGGUAGUUUUAAAGCUGUCAAACCUGCCAAAAAACUUAACCGAAUUUCUACAAUCCGUCAUUUUUAUCAAAAGCUUUUGAGAUAUUUCUUUGUUCAACAAGUAGCACAUCAUUUUAUUUGGAAUUCUGUUUAUAUAAUAUAGUAAAUAAAUAUUAGGUAAAAAUGGCAGACGAAAACAGAAUUCGUUCAUUCAAAAACAAGGGCAAAGACACAGAGGAAAUGAGACGGAGGCGUAUCGGCCAAACUGUGGAGCUCCGCAAAGCCCGAAAAGAUGAUCAAUUGUUAAAAAGAAGGAAUAUAUCGACAACUGAAGAACCUACAUCUCCUUUACAAGAAAAUAACUCUGUGUCUCCCCCAUCUAUGACUGCAGAAGAAAUUAUGUAUGGAAUGAUGAAUUCGGAUGAAACCAUUCAAUAUAAAGCAACUUUGGCUUGCAGAAAAAUUUUAAGUAGAGAAAAAACGCCGCCAAUCGAUCAUAUGAUCAGACUAGGUGUUGUGCCAAGAUGUGUAGAAUUUUUGACCAAAGCACACAAUCCUGCCUUGCAAUUUGAAGCAUGUUGGGCACUAACCAACAUCGCCUCUGGCAGUUCUGACCAAACUGCUGCAGUUGUUCAAGAGGGAGCCAUCCCUCGUCUUCAAGCUCUUCUAUCUUCCCCUCGCAUUGAUGUUGCAGAACAAGCCGUCUGGGCACUAGGAAAUAUUGCUGGUGAUGGACCUGUUACCAGAGACAUGGUCCUGAGUAAUAGUGUCCUACCUGACCUUUUACAAUUAAUUAAACCAACUACUUCCUUAUCACUUUUGAGAAACACAGUUUGGGCUAUAUCCAAUUUAUGUAGGAAUAAGAAUCCAUCUCCGAAUUUUGAGCUUCUGCAGCCAGCUCUUCCAUAUUUGUCCCGUUUAUUGAACCACAACGAUCACGAUGUCCAGGCGGAUACAUGUUGGGCACUCAGCUACCUCACGGACGGCCCGAAUGAAAAAAUACAAGCCGUUUUAGACACUGGACUCAUUGAUAGACUGGUGCAAUUGCUCUACAGCGAACAAGGCACGGUGUUGACGCCCGCCUUGAGAGCCGUCGGCAACAUAGUGACAGGCAAUGAUCAACAGACAGAUCUGGUUAUAAAUGCAGGAGCGUUAAUUAUUUUGAGCAAAUUAUUGUCGCAUCAUAGGUUGAACAUUGUCAAAGAGGCUGCUUGGACCGUUUCUAAUAUUACCGCAGGUAACAGUGACCAAAUCCAGAAAGUAUUAGAUGCUGGCAUAAUGCCUCCACUUUUGCACGUCCUCCAGACCGGAGACUUUAAGAGCCAAAAAGAGGCGGCUUGGGCGGUCACGAAUUUCACCAGCGGCGGCACCAUUUCGCAAUUGGCGAAAAUCGUGGAAUUGGGAGCUCUCAAACCCAUGUGCAACCUUUUGAACUCCAAAGAUUACAAGACUGUAUUGGUUGUAUUGGACGGUUUAAAUAACAUCCUAAGCGCCGCCAACAAAUUGGGCGAAGUCGAAAAGGUGGCCAUAAUGGUUGAAGAAUGUGGUGGUCUAGAUGGAAUUGAGGGUUUGCAGUCUCAUGAUAAUGAAAAGAUUUAUGAGAAAGCACUCAAUAUUAUUGAAAACUACUUUUCAGAGGGUGGUGCUGAUGAAAAUCUUCCUGCUCCUAACACGGCUGAUGGUCAAAUUCAAUUUGCCACUCCUACACAAGUGCCUAGUGGAGGAUUCUCAUUCUAAAUCCUUGCCCUUUUUUAUACUAUAUACAAAAUUGCAUUGUUAACUGUCCAAAUUAUUUAAACUGAUCUCGCCAUUCCAUAUUUUUAUUAUGUUUGUAAUGUUAGGAAAAAGCGGAAUCUUUUGAUUUUAUAGUGUUAGUAGUUGGAUUUUAAUUAUUGUUUAUAUUAUUCAUAUUAAUAUCAUCAAUAGAAGCAUAUCGCGUUGUUUUUGUCACUUUUUUAUUAUUAUGGCAUGUAAUGAGUAUUUUUAAAGCUUACAAGUUAAAUUGUUAGUUAGAUCUGUCCAGUGUUUAGUGUACUAAUGUUUUCAUACUCUUUAUAUUAAAAAUUUAUACAUAAAUUU